AAAACACCAUCCCUAUAAGAGGGAUCAAAGACGGAGCCUUGGACAAAAAAAAUCCUUCAGAGAGAAUUACAGCCAUUAGUCGUGCUUACUGUUGCAUUGAGAUCCGUCUUUGUCCAAGGCAGACUUUUGGAUGUGAAAAGAAAAUAUGGCUGAUGAGAACAAAUUAGAUACAUUGUCUUCAUCAGAUCAGACUCACAAGCCAGAAGGGAAGAAACUCCAGCUCAACCUAAUCCGCAACUAUCCUCAGAAAAACGCGGAGAUCCUCAGCAGCCAGUAUGGCUUCAAUAUCUUCCUGGCAGGGCUGUUGCUGAUGUUUGCAUGGGCGAUCCACGCUGUGGGGAUAACAGACAGAGACCUACUUUCCUAUCUCAUCACACUGAUGCUCAUCCAGCUGGUGUGGAUGCUUUGGUACAUUUUUGGGAGUUACACACAAAGGCGGACAAUUAUAGAGAAAGAUACAGACGCCGGAGCAAGGUGGUUGAGGUGUGGUAUCACUCUGUUUGCUGUAAUUACUCUUAUUCUGGAUUCUUUCAAAAUUGGCUACUUCAUCGGAUAUUCUGAGUGUUUAUCUAUAACGGAGGGGAUAUUUCCAGUGACGCACACCGUCCACACACUUCUACAGGUGUACUUUUUGUGGUUCCAUGCCAAAGAUAUCAUCCAGUCCUUUAAAACUCUUGAAAGGUUUGGUUUGAUCCAUGCGGUGUUUACAAACCUCCUGCUCUGGACUAAUGGCAUAUUAACUGAGUCCAAGCACCAGCUGAAUGAACACAAGGAGAGACUCAUUACUCUUGGUUUUUCCAACAUAACAAUGGAUCACCAUACACCAGAAUGCAACUGCACAUCAAAUGUUUGUUCCAUGUUUUCACAAGGAAUCUACUAUCUAUAUCCAUUCACCAUUGAGUACCACAUAUUAGCCUCCACAAUGCUGUACGUCCUAUGGAAGAAUAUUGGACGCAAUGUAAAACACCACCUUCAGCAGAAGAUUCAUUUCAAGUUCCAUGGCAUAACAGCUGGAACCAUUCUGGGGCUGAUUGUGCUUACGACCACCAUCGCUGUCCUGGUUGUGUAUCUGAUCCAAAUUGGGCGCUCAAAGAAAAAGAGUGAGUUGGCCCUCACAAUGUUUUAUGUGUUUGCCAUUACAGUGUUGACACUUAUGUGUACAGCAGGGAGCAUCGGCCUUAUCAUAUACAGACUGGAGAAUAAGAUGUUGGAUGAUAGUGAAAGUCCUGCCAAGAAACUGGACUCCGAUCUUCUGGUUGGUUCUGCAUGCGGUUCCUGGCUUAUCUCUUGGGGUUCUAUCUUGGCUAUCAUUUGUGCAGAGACCCACCCUGAAUACGCCUGGUAUAAUUUACCAUAUUCCAUCCUGGUGAUUAUUGAAAAGUACAUCCAGAACCUGUUUAUCAUUGAGUGCAUACACCGCAAAGAAGAAGAGCCUAUGGAUGGCCAGACUAUUGAGAGGAUCUUCUCUAUGUCUGGUAGAAGUACUUUGUCUCUUACACCUUCCUAUGAAGUUUUCAAUGAAUCUGUCACUAUUUGCAACAAGGAGUUUCCGUACAUGUCAAACUCCGAUAUUUCUCUGGGAGAAGCCAGUGUGGAGGACAAGAAGAACCAAGAAAACAAUAAUUCCAUAAGACUUGCACAAUCAGUUACUGCUUUUCAGGCAACCAGGACAGCAAAACUCAACAAGAAAAGGAGGAUCCUUAAAAACAUUGCAGCGUUUCUGUUCCUUUGCAAUAUUUCGCUUUGGAUCCCUCCGGCGUUUGGCUGCCGCCCCCAGUAUGACAAUGGCUUAGAAGAAGUUGUGUUUGGUUUUGAACCCUGGAUUACCGUGGUUAAUCUUGCGAUGCCUUUCUCCAUCUUCUACCGCAUGCAUUCAGCAUCUUCCUUAUUUGAGGUUUAUUGUAAAACAUAAAUAAGUACAGAUUGACGCACAGGAGCUGAACUCUUAGUUUUCAGAUCAUGCUAUUCUAUCUGGGCCUAUCUGGGCUGUUUAAAUACUUUGGAGUGGAAGUGACCUUAACUCCGAUUUUCCCUGGAAACAUAAAGCCACGUGACAAUGUCAAAUUUUGCACAAUUUGUUACCAGCCUGUAGCUGUAUGAAUUGUGUAGAGAGUGCUGUAAAGAAUGACAUUUGUCAGCUAGUUUUCACUUGGAGACGCAACAUGUCAUGUCUUAUGAAUGGAGCAGCAGAAGUGGAAGAAAAUAACUAUAGAAUAUAUCAUUUCUGAGAAAAACGUCCGUGAUUACAGGAAUGCUGAUCAUCUAUUUAUCCUGUGUGAUGCCUCAUUUACAUGCAGAUAUUCUACAGACCGCAUGCCAUUAGAGUGCAAUCACAUACACUAGCAUCGUCCAGCUCAUUCUUUGUCUCACCUUGUAAUCAGGUAUUAUAGAUAGGUUAGCACUUGCAGCAAAAUAUCAAGAAUUAGUCCUACUGAUGCAGAAUUGGUCAACCAGCUAGCGUACAGUGGGCCCGAUUCAGACCUAAUUACUGUUGUGCGAAUUUGCACAACGGGCGAUUAUCGAAUGACUGCAAUAUGCGGGUGCGAUGCCAAACAGCGACAGAAUGGAGCAAAAAUUUAAAUCGCUAAGCGUAUGCAAGGUGAUUGACAGGAAGCGGGCGUUUGGGGGUGGUAACGGGCCAUUUUUUGGGAGUGUCAGCAAAAAUGCAACCGUUUUCAGGGAAGGUGUGUGUCAUCAGCUCCGGCCCCGAUCAGCCGGAUUCUAUUGCACUGGAGGAGUAAGUCCUGGGCUGCGCACAGGCUGUAAAAAACAUUUGAUGGUGAUUGAGUUGCGAACGGAUUUGCAGCUGUCCGCCACAUGGCAAAGUUUUCGCACGGUGUACACAUGCAUUUGCACACUUGCACAGGGCAGGUUUUCACUUUCCCUGGGCGGUGACUAUCUGAUCGCAGACCUCUGCAAAUUUGCAGCCCAGCGAUCAGGUCUGAAUUAGGCCCAGUGUGUGCUCCUGCAUUGUGUACAUGGAAACCAAUGCAUAUAUUUGCCCAUACGCAUCUUGCCUCUGCUCCCUAUCCACAGUUAGCCAUAAGCAUCAACACCCACUUGCACCUACCCUACUCCCCCAGGUCUACACAGCCCUCCGUUCCAUCGCCCCAACGUCACUGAUCUUUGCCCAAGUGAGAACACCAUGUUACAAAACAGUUAUGCCUCUCCAGAUGUCACUAUAGCUGUGAACAAAAUGCAGCAGGUUUUGCCUCUGCCCACAUGGGCGGUGUGAAACACGCAAGAUACGCUUCAUUAAAAGGCAAACUAUUUACCAGCCCCACAAUAAGUAAGUAUCUUUGGUUUGUGAGAUGAAAUAGGUGUGGUAUGUUAGGUAGAUUAGACUUAGGUCGACAGUGUCUAGGUCAACUACUAUUGGUUGACAGUAUGUAGGUCGACAUGGUUUCUAAUCAACAGGGACUCUAGGUCGACAUGUACUAGGUUGACAGAAAAGGUUCAGGCGCAGCCUAUGUAUCUGGCCCAGGGCUAGUAAUGACGUGGACCUGUGGGAGGAAGGGAGGGGGGGUUCUAGCUCAAAGUGAUCUGUGAUUCAUAAGGGCAGACCCUGCUAGAGCCCCGCCCAGUGCUAUCCGGGCAAGUAUAUAAGAUAUAUAUAUAUAUAUUUCAGUAACUAACCAAACAGUGGCUAGCUUCAUGCAGACAUAUGAAAACUUUAACCCCUUUAGUGCGGGGGACCCGCAGCACCCUCCAAGGAUAACUUACCUCCUCCCCACAGUUCCAGGACUCUCUGAAGCAGUCGAAGAUAAAUUCGGAAGGAGAGUCACCUCUUUCAAAAUGUGUUCCUGUAUAAAGGAAAUAGUUAGUACUUAUUGUCUGGUGACCGCUUGUUACCUCACACUACGGAAAACUUAGGUUUUCUCUAUAUGGUGAGGAGGGCACUGUGUGUCCUCCUAUCACCCCCUCAGUGACAGCUGCAAACAAGUGGGCACCCAUAUUUGAAAGCAGGGAGUCCCCACUUUCAAAUUAUGUGUCCCACUAGUAGCUAUUGUCUGGUGAUCACACUCUCUAAACAAGUCUGAUACUACAUCCCAACUACUUAUAGCAGAGAGGAUUACUGGUGCAGAUCACAAGAAGGUGUUAUCUGGGGUGUAG